CCUGACCUGAUCCAGGCAAGUGACAGUGACAGUGACAUUGAGUUUAUGGCACAGAGCCACCCAAAUCCACCUCCCAAACAAAGGCGUAUCCUCGACCCUUCAGCCAUCACAGCUGUGGCCAUGUACCCCAAUAUGGUCACCCGCAGCCUAAAGCGGAAACCACCUCUCUACAAACAAGUGCACUGCACAGAGGUCAAUGAAGAAGAAGCCAGGCUGUGGCCUCCAUCUCUACCCAAGAGUAAGAACAAGCCAAUCAACAUAAGCCUGAGUGACUCUGAGGAGGAACUAGCACCUGAUAUACCUCAAGAAACCAACCAGAAACUGGCUGCACUUAGCUCACUCGUGUGUUUAACACCCGAAAGACUUGAAGAUAUCCCAAACUUCAGUGACUAUCCCUCCCAAAGAAACGACUGCUAUGAUGAUGGUGACAUUAUAGUCAUUUCCUCUGAGGAUAAACAGAAAAGAUGUCCAGCCAAACCUAAGCCCAGAGAACGUGGCCGAAAAAUCUCACUGAAAUUUUGCUGGAAAAUGGACGUGCACAAAAUCGCAGUGCUUUCAACAGAUCCUCUGAGCAAGGCUGUAGCUCAGUUAGCUGUCAAGCUUAAAGUCCCACCCUCUAAAAUACUGCUAAUGAGGAAUGAUGAUGAGCUUCCUGUGCACUCCACCAUCACGCAGUUAGAUCUGGGCACUGCAGAUAUCAUAGACUGUCUUGUGAUAACCGACGACAAAGAAGAUGAAAGCAGCUGUGAUGUCAUCACUCUGCGACUGAGGGGCAAAGAAAAAGGAUCUGCACAGGAAUAUUCCUUACAUAAGGAUGAUCCUCUGGGUUCCAUCCUGUCACAGUACACUUCAGGUCUGUCUGCCGCUGCUAAGCGCAAGGUCAAAUUCCUCUUCGAUGGGUUAAAGGUGAAGCACAAUCAGACACCUUCACAGCUGGAUAUGGAGGACGGUGAUAUCAUUGAAGUGUGGGCCUGAUUUCUAUAACAGUGAUGUGUCAUAUCAACAUCCCCAUUUGCUUCUUUUUUUUUUCUUGAGGUUUACAUUUGAGUGUAUUUAUAAUUUUUUUCUAAUAUAAAAAUGUACAUAUGUCUAAAUCUACAUCAUGUGUACAGUUUUAUUAUUUUAUUUUUAUAUUACAUAUAUAACAAUAAUAAAAGACUUGCUGUUAUCCAGGGUCAGUUUGUUGAGUCGGGUCUACGUUAACUGAAAUUAAGCGUUAGUAUAAGAACUAUUUGGGGAGGUGACAAACAUGCAGUUUCAAAUGAUCACUGACCGGGUUUAUUGUCAUCUGUUUGAAGACUGACUAGUCAAUGCAUGAUUAAAUGCUUUGUAUGGAAGUUACUCUUGUUCAUUGAUAGGAGAAACAUUAGAUAUUAGGCUUAAAUCUUUCUAUACAACAAAAAUGUAUUUUAUUUGAAGUAUUUUAUAUCGUAUUUGCCCAGCUUGGCCAAGGUUAUAUACAACAGGGCUUCCCAAAUCUUAUCUUAUCUUUUGCAACCUUCAGCCUA